AUGGCAGUCUUCAUAUCCAAGGUCACUUUUGAACAUCACCGCGAUGCCCUUGGAAUAGGCGAGCCACGGCCUCGUAUCUCAUGGCGCUUCGGCGGCAAUGUUGUUGACUGGGAACAAAACGCCUACGAUCUCGAAAUCAGACGAGGAGCUCUCACAUCAUAUCACGUCCCCAGCAAUGACUCUUUGUUGGUUCCAUGGCCUGAAAGCCCAUUAGCCUCACGUGAGUCCGCGGAGGUUCGUGUUCGUGCCCAUGGCCAGCCUGGGCGGGCUUCAACUCCGUGGUCUGCGUGGGCUACAGUCGAAGCCGGCCUUCUUGACGAGGCGAGCUGGGGCGGUGUGAUACCUAUCGCUGCAUCUUGGAAGGUCGAGCGCGAUAAGCCCAAGAGACCUGUCUACUUCCGCAAGUCUUUCGAUCUCAACUCAAGAGGCCUAUGCGUAGCACGACUCUAUAUCACUGCACUCGGUCUUUAUGAAGCUCACAUCAACGGCGAGCGCGUGGGAGAUCAUGUCCUGGCACCUGGCCUACAGUCCUACCAUCACCGACAUGUUUACAACACCUUUGAUGUCAGCGGCCUGUUACACGAUGGCCGUAAUGUCAUCCAAGUCACUGUUGCCGAAGGAUGGUAUUCGGGAAGACUGUUCAGCUUCGAUCCCAGUGUGACACGGAACCACUGGGGGGACAAGAUUGGUCUUCUGUCAUUGCUACAUGUCACUCUCGCAGAUGGUUCCAUCGUCAAGGUUCAAACAGACUCGUCGUGGACUGCCAGCACAGGACCGUUGGUCGACUCUCAGAUAUACGACGGCGAAGUAUACGAUUCCAGACUAGAAUCUUCUUUGACAGAGGCGACCGAUGAUGGCAACAAUUGGGCCGCAGUCAUUGAGCUGCCUCGCAUCAAGGGAGCCCUAAUGUCGCCGGAUGCUCCGCCAGUACGCCGGAUCGAAGAACGAAAGCCAGUCCGAAUCUGGACCUCUGCUAAGGGCAAGCUCCUUGCAGACUUUGGUCAGAACUUAGCAGGAUGGGUUCGCAUCAAAAUCAGCGGUCAGUCUGGUGACCAAGUUUCCAUCUCUCACGCGGAAGUCAUCGAGGACGAGGAGAUUGCAAUCCUCCCCUUGCGCUCUGCCAAGGCACGCGACACAUUCAUCCUCAACGGCCAGGACAGCCAAGUACUGGAGCCUCGAUUUUCUUACCAUGGUUUUCGCUACAUACAGAUCGAUGGCUGGCCAGAAAAAGAUACGUUCGACGAAACUUCUGUCACUGCAGUGGUGGUCCAUUCUGACUUAGAACAAACGGGUUGGUUCCAUUGCAGUAACCCGCUUCUCAACCAAUUUCACCAGAAUGUUCGCUGGUCAAUGAAGGGAAACUUUAUCUCUAUACCGACCGACUGCCCUCAGCGUGACGAACGAAUUGGAUGGACGGGCGAUGUUACGGCUUUUGCCGCCACAGCAAAUUUCUUGCAUGACUGCUCCGGCUUCUGGAGAGGCUGGCACCGAGAUGUUUGGGCUGAGAUGCAACGAGAUGGAUCCAUGAAUGUUCCUCACUAUGUCCCCAUCACGGCGCCUGACCGACCUAUCGAAGGAAACUGGCCACCGGUUCCCACAGCUAUCUGGGGCGACGUCGCUGUCGCCGGUCCCUGGCAAGCUUGGCAGGCUUACGGGGACUUGGACAUGCUUGAAGAGCAGUAUGAACAGGCUCAAGCUUGGCUCGAUAUCGGUGUCGAUCGAGAGGCAUCAGGUCUCUGGAACAAGCAAGGGUACCAAUGGGGUGACUGGCUGGACCCUUUGGCUCCCGAGUCAGACGCUGGGGCAGCUACCACGGACAAGCACUUUGUUGCAGACACCUACUUGAUCGGCAUGACUGAUUUUGUCGCACGAAUGUCAAGAAGCUUGAACAAGAUGAAUCAGGUCAUAAAGUAUGAGGAGCAGGCCGUCAAGCUGCGUCAAGCCUUUAGGGAUACCUGGCUGACGGACGGCGAGCCUCGCGAUCGAACUCAGACAGCUUACUCUUUGAUGCUGUACUUUGACGUCUUGGUAGAUGAAUAUGACCGCAAGAAAGCAGCAAACGCCCUCCGCGAGAUUAUUUCCAAGAACGAAUACCUUGUCGGGACCGGUUUCGCAGGAACAUGGACACUCGGCCACUCUCUACGGAAGGUGGGCGCCACACAAGAUUUCUACAAGAUGCUACUGCAAACCCGAGUGCCCUCUUGGCUGUACCAGGUGGUUCAAGGGGCAACGACAACAUGGGAGAGGUGGGAUAGUCUCUUGCCCGACGGGAGUGUCAACGGCUGUGGAAUGACGAGCUUCAACCAUUACGCGUUCGGAUCCGUAGCAGACUGGAUCCAUGGAACAGUUGGUGGGCUAAGGCAGGGUUGUCCGGGGUGGAAGGAAGUGAUAGUUGCACCAGUACCAGGGGGAAAUGUCAUGAGCGCUGAGACAAGAUAUGUAAGUGGAUAUGGGACUGUCGAUGUGCAGUGGUGGAUAGAGGGAGGGGAGAAAGCGGCUGGAAGAAAGGGAUUCCACUUGAAGGUAACUAUUCCUCCAAACUCGAAGGCUCGGGUGGUCAUGCCAGGUGGAGGUGAGACUUUUGAGAUUGGCUCUGGUUUCUACGAGUUCCAUGACCCUCACUAUUCCUUGAGUAAGGGUGAGCAGAGUUGA